CUUCCGGUAGCAGGUACGUCCUACUGAUCUCUAUACUCUAUCUGACCUUCUGAACAAGAACGUAUAUGUUAUUCACUCUAUGUUCAAACUAACCGCUUUCCUUUCAAACAACUACGUAUGGUUCUCUUCAUGGAAGGUUAUAAUGCAAGAGAUAUGAAUAUCCCUUAUUCAGAGCUAGGAGGAGAGCGAUCUCAAGCCAUUGACAUCGACUCGGUAAUCAAGACGUUGCCUUUGGAAAUAGAUAAAUCUUUCGUUUAUCAUCCAGACGAAUUAAACCUUACCUUACUUGCUAGUGGGUUCUUUGGAGAUGUGUACAAGGCCUACCACAAACGUACAGAUAGAACGAUGGUUUUGAAAAAGGACAAGCUUUCAAUUCAAGAUAGGAGUAUAUGUGAAAAUGACCUGAUGAGUGAAGCAGCCAUCUUGAGUCGAAUGUGUCAUCCAAACGUGAUCAGAUUUCUGGGACUUUGUAUAGGAGAUGAAGAGGGACAAAUGCAUCUUUUAAUUGAGUACAUUAACGGCGGAAACCUUGAGGAACUAUUGAUGAACCACGAUGAAGUGCUAGACUGGGGAACUAGAGUUUAUCUUGCUCGGGAUAUAGCAGAUGGAAUGAGCUACUUGCACAAGAAAAGAAUAAUCCAUAGAGACCUUGCUUCAAAGAAUUGUUUAAUUCAAAUUGCCAAUGGAGCGAAAUAUGCUGUGAUUGCAGACUUCGGCUUGGCAACAUAUCUACUAGAUAACGAUCAAGGUGUACAAACAGUGGUAGGCUCACCUUACAAUAUGGCUCCAGAACUACUUAGAGGAGAGACAUACAAUAACAAGGCUGAUGUGUUUUCAUUUGGCAUAAUAAUGUGUGAGAUUAUUGGACGAGUACAAGCAGAUCCUGAUGAACUGCCAAGAACAGGGGCUUUUGGACUUGAUGUUGAAAAGUUCCAGACAAUGGUAGAAGAUUGUCCAAUAGAGUUUUUACAUACUGCUGUUUGUUGCUGUCAAGUGGAUCCUCAAACUCGUCCAAGUUUUGCAGCAACACUCAAGCACAUUGAGACGAUUCUGACUGAAUAUCCUCGGAGGCCAGACAUUCCCCUUGAAACUUUACAUGGUGAAAAUGCUAUCGAUUCACAUACUAGAGAUACCACCUGUGUCAGUAGUACUAAUUGGAGCUCUAGUACUAGCUCAUCAAGUUGUUCAUUGUCUCCUGCAUGCAUUUUGAAAGAUGAAAAUGGCCAUCGACAGAGAAGCAAUAGUGAGAAUAAGCGAAGAAUGUCUUGGAUAUCUGGACGUUAUAAGCUUUUCCAUUCUGCAACUGAUGAUUUAUUGAAAAAUACACCUGCUAAGUUAAUGGGAUUCUUUAAGAAUGUAUUAGGUUUGAGGAGUAAGGAAUUGAAUGUUCAUACUAAAGGAAAGAAAGACAGUGAUCAAAGCUCUAGUUAUCCAAAACGAAGGUCACAGUCAUCAUCUGUAUUAACACGUGUUUCUCCUCUCCCACCUAAAGACAUUUCUUCAUUAAAUUAUGAUUUGAAUGAAAACCAGACUGAAUUUACAACAAACCAACRUAAAUCUGCAACUGAUGUAAAUCCUUCCAAGUCUGUCUCCUGUCCAGGAACACCAGGCUUAUCUAGCAGUAGGCGUGCUCUUCCCUCAAGACGACAUACCAUAUCUCCCUGCUCACCUAUCUACUCAAACAUUCCUGAUUUCAACCUGAGCAUUCAUUCAGAAAAAUCUACAUCUACUGAAAGAGGUCAGUAUGGCACCCAACCUGAUGUUGUAUCCAUGUCUUCAGGGUUUGACUCUAUGCCAGAUAGCUCAUCACUUUGCACUUCAAACAAUGAAAGUGCAUCUUUUACAGACAGUGAUUUUUCAUCAAGGACAUCAAGUUUAAGAAGGCAGGUUUCUCUUCAAGAAGAUGAAGAAGACCAUUUGAGCACUCCUACUUGUAAAAACAUUAAAACACCUCACUUUGAUCGUUAUGGAAGUUAUUCAGUGAUUAAUGCUGAAGCAUCUAGCAGAAUGGCUCUAGUAAAAGAGAUGGAAAAAGACAACAAGGUGAUUGGCUUAAAAUCAACCAGUCCUGAUAAUGUAAAGGCCAAAAAGAGAUUACGUUCCCCAAUGCUUUUCUCAUUUCUACUUGGAAACAGAAGCAAAAGUAAGGAUACACCAUAAGCACCAUACAUGGUAUAUAAAUUUCUAUUUUUCUUAGUUAAAGAAUUAAAUAUAUUUUAGAUUAGAGUAAGGGCUAAUGCAAGAAUUAAAUAUUCUAAAUUAAAGUGCACUGAACCUCUGAUAUAACACUUUGUUCAUUGUAUAUGAAGUGAUUAUUUAGUCAUUUGGGAAAUAUUUCUUCAUUUCAGAGUAAUGCGUCUAAGUUUUAAAAGAUAAGAAACCAACUAUGAUAAUAGUUUCUAUAUGUUGAUUAAGUCCUUUGAUGUCAAUGCAGUCAUUGAGUUUAUCAUAUGACCCGUACGACCCUGCUCGCGCGCUCUAAUAAAACCAUUGGAAAAAGUCACGUGAUGGGGGCCGGACGGGUUGACGUAAGCGGGCCGGAAAAACCCAUCCGGCCCUGCUCG